UACAAGCAAAAGGAAUACUGACCCAAUUUAUUGUACCAGGGACAACAACCUCGACGACACAACACUUCACAGCGACCGACCGAAGUGAAAGCCUGUACCAUUUUCUGUUACUCCACCAGAAGAAACAGUGCGUGGGACUUUGUAUCCACCAACCUGUCUGCCUAGAAGCCAAUACAACUAUUGACUCGCGCAACUGAGAGAGAGGAAGAGGAGGAAGAAACGACCAAAGAGAGAGAGAGAGAGAGAACUUGUCCUCCCUGGAUAUAAGGGGUUUUUGGUCACAGAGAUCAUUGUUCUGCAGAAGCCUCUCAAGGGUGAAGAUCCCAUUGAAAAGUCUGUAAUGGCUGAGCUGUCAUCAGCCCAGGUGACCGAGUGCACCUGAGCAUUGCUGCUGCACAGACUCAAAGUCACCACCAGCCUCUGGGCAUUUACUGCGCAGUAAAAAAGGAAAUCCACACUGCUGCGACUUCAGCAAGAAGGAGAAACGUGACUGAAUCCCUCACAUUUUUUUUGUCUGGAUUAUUUUUACCUGGAGAUUUUUUCAAUUCAUUUUUAUUUAGGUGGCUUACCUGGGAUAGAAAAACAAGUGCAGGAGGACAAAUGACUAUUUGUGGAGUUAGGACUGUCUGAGCUGAGCUGCUUUGGCUCAAGCAUCAACGAGCAGGAAUGCGAAUUCACAUAUGGAAGCAGAAUAUACAGCAUAGUGUUUGAGCAGCUGAGCCUGUGAAGGCCCCAGAGGCGGCCAUGUUGAAUCUUUUUCUCAGAGUGCUGGUGUUGACCCGUCUUCACCCAUCACCUCACAUCACCUCGCUGCCAACCUAAGUCCUCGCUGCCCCUCUCUUCCUGCAUCUCUUUCUUCCACCUCCUGGCUGGGAGAAAGGUCUUUGGUCUUUGAAGAAAAUGUCCUAUGCACACCACAAGCUGCUCACCUGGAGCUUACCUCACCUCCUCCUCCUACCGCUGACCUACCUCUGGCUCUUGGGUCCUACCACAGGUGUGUCAGCAGAUCUCUGCCGGGUGACUGGCGGGGUGCUGGGGAUCCACUGGAGCAGCAUCAUCAGCCUGGGUUGGCACCCUCUGGCAGACGGGAGAGGCGGGGCAACAUGUUGGGAGUCCUGCUGCCUAAAGCCGAGCUGCAACGCCGUGUGGAGCCUCGGUGGGCGCUGUGUGCUUCUUAGCUGCUCCCGGAAGAGGGGCUGCCCCAUCGCUUCCCUGCCACAGCCUCACCAGGAGUCCCUCGGCCUCCUUCAGCUGCUCUCCAAGGGUCCUGUGACAGCCAGACGUAGAAAGGCUCGUCAUGCACCACAUACAGGAAGCCACGGACCAAGCACAGGAUACCUUACCAGCACGGAAAAUCCUAAACUGGAAACAGCUCAUCCAACUCCAACUGUACUUAGCACCAUCACUCUUCUUCAGACAGCCCAAAAGAACCUGAGUCAGUCAACCAAUGGGAGUUCAGACACUGCUCCAGCUCCAUCACAACAAAACUCAACGGUGGAUGACACUGUUGAUACUCAUGCGUCUUCCAACAGCAGUGAUGUCAGCUCACCCACAGCAACUGAAACUGCUAUCAUCACAACUCCAACACAGGCUGUGAGGGAGCUGGUGGUGUCAGCAGGGAAGAGUGUGGAGGUUACAUUGCCCCGCAACGAGGUUGAACUCAACGCCUUUGUGGUCCCAACACCCCCGCCAGGGACAAACUAUGCAUUUGACUGGCGUCUGAUAACACAUCCCAAAGAUUACAGUGGAGAGAUGGAAGGAAAGCACAGCAAGACACUCAAACUCAGCAAGCUGACUGUGGGCCUGUAUGAGUUUGAGGUGACAGUGGACGGAGAGGGGGCUCAUGGAGAAGGUUACGUCAAUGUCACAGUCAAACCAGAGCCACGGGUAAACAAGCCUCCUGUUGCCAUAGUUUCUCCAAAGUUCCAGGGGAUCUCCUUGCCAACCAGCUCUACGGUGAUAGAUGGCAGCCAGAGCACUGAUGAUGACAAGGUGGUGGCAUGGCUCUGGGAAGAGGUCAAAGGUCCCCUGCGGGAGGAGAAGGUCUCUGCCGACACCCCCGUUCUCACCCUCACCAGCCUGGUGCCUGGGAACUACACAUUCAGUUUGACAGUGACAGACUCAGAUGGAGCCACAAACUCGACGCAGGCCACCCUCUGUGUCAACAAAGCCAAGGAUUACCGGCCUGUGGCCAAUGCCGGCCCUAACCAGGUCAUCCAGUUGCCACACAACUCCAUCACUCUGUACGGCAACCAAAGCACCGACGACCAUGAUUCCUUGUCUUAUGAGUGGUCCCUCAGCCCUGAGAGCAAAGAUAAAGUGGUGGAGAUGCAGGGUGUACGGACACCAAUCCUGCAGCUGUCGGCAAUGCAGGAGGGAGACUACACCUUCCAGCUGACAGUGACAGACUCAGCUGGGCAGCAGGACACCACCAAGGUCACCGUCAUUGUGCAGCCAGAAAACAAUAAACCACCAGUAGCAGAUGCAGGACCAGAGAAGGAGCUGACGCUGCCAGUUGAUCGAACCACGCUGGACGGCAGUAAGAGCAGCGAUGACCAGGAGAUUGCCACUUACCACUGGAAACAAACCAGUGGUCCUGCUGAUGUGAAGAUUGAGAAUGCAGACAGUGCUGUUGCCACGGUGACAGGUCUCGAGGUUGGCAGGUACGAGUUCACCCUGACAGUAACUGAUGAGAGGAAGCUGCAGAGCACCGACACUGUCACGGUCAUCGUCAGAGAAGAACUGGAUCAGCCACCAGUGGCUCAUGUUAUGUCAAGUCCACCCAUCUCUCUGCCUGUCAAGACUGCCACUCUGGAUGGAUCUCACUCAACCGAUGACAAAGGUGGAGUCAGCUACCUGUGGACCAGGGACGAUAGCAGUCCUGCCGCUGGGGAUGUACUGAACAACUCUGACCACCAGGCAGUGCUGUUUCUGGGAAACCUGGUGGAGGGCAAGUACAGCUUCAGCCUGACUGUAACUGACAGUAAAGGACAGACCAGCAUUGACAGGGGCACCGUUGAGGUCAAACCAGACAUGUGGGAACGUGACCUGGUGGAGCUGGUGUUGGAGGUCUCUGUAUCCCAGGUUUCGCACCGUCAACGUGACAUGCUGCUGCGCCAGGUGGGGGUUUUACUGGGUGUGCUCGACAGUGACAUUAUUGUGCGAGAGAUCAGUGCGUUUAAUGAGCACAGUACUCGUUUGGUCUUCCUGGUGUCAGGCGGGCCGGGGCGCCCUCCUCUGUCUGGCCACAGUGUUGCACUUGGCCUUCGCAACAAACUGCGCAAACAGAAGAAUGACUUUCUCAUCUACAAGGCCCGACGAGUUGAUACAGUCAUUUGCCAGCUGAACUGUUCCAGCCACGGCGAGUGUGACUCGUUCACACGGCGAUGUGUCUGUCACCCUUUCUGGAUGGAGAACUUCAUCAGAGCUCAGCUUGGAGACGCAGAGAGCAACUGUGAGUGGAGCGUACUCUAUGUGACUAUAGCAUCUUUUAUGAUUGUGGUCGCUAUAGCAACAGUUGUCUGGGGGAUGGUGUGUUGCUGCAACAGGCGAAAGAACAAAGUGCGCAGAAGCAAAAGUCGAUAUAAGAUACUAGACGCUGACGAGCAAGAUAGUCUGGAGCUUCAACCGCAAAGAGCUGCCCGUAUGAAGCCGGUUCCCGCGCCCACCUCUUCUGCUCUCAUGCAUUCAGACUCUGACCUGGACAGUGAUGACGGGCAGGGUGGGGUCCCGUGGACAGAGCAGGAGCGCGGGCAUCUCCUGCGGCCCCAGAAUGGCUCCCUGAGGAAUGGCCAGGGACCAGCCAGGGGCAAGAAGCAAAGAGAUGAGCUGCUAUAGCAAGAGAGGAGGGGGGAGCUCACUGCUGCCCUCACACACCCCUCCUCCAGCAUUCACACCCCUCUGUUCCUCACUCUUCCUCUGUCUCUUCUGUUGUUGUUCAACACAAAAACCUCACACCUCUCAUCCUUGAAGACAGACUGUGUGACACCUGGAUUUAAUAAGAGGGAGAGAGGAGAAACAUGCUGGAAACAUGUUGUCCCACUGUCACUGAAAAAACACCACUAUACUGGAAUUUCCAUGAUCCCACACUGAGCCAAUAUGGAGAAAAAAACUACAAUUUCACUGAGAAUUAGGGGUAAGCACUGUGUUUUGAAUAGUUAAAAAAAUAUAACAUAGACCCCUAUUAUUUAACACAGAGACAAAAAGAAUGUACUGUUACCCCUCUUACUGAUGGCACACGUUAGUUAGAGACCGUUGGAGAAAAGACUAGCCUGAGAGACACUUGACUUUCUGGAUUAAAAAAAAAAAAAAAAAAAACUCUGCUUCAGUGACACGAAAACCAGCCACUUGACACGCUCACACCAUGCCUCAUGUAGACACGCAUGUACGCACACAAACACGUCACCUUCGCACUUGUUCCAGGUCAACCUGAUGCUACCAAACACUGCCAUGUUAAAACCAAUGGUUAACUCUGCUCGGAGGAUUUUGUUCAUGACUCAUCUGAAGGAAAAAUGCAACCAAAACAGCCACCAACAGCAAUGGACGCUCCUCCAAAACAAAAAAAUAAAUAUGUGCAUGUAGAGUCAGAUUGUAUUUCCGGUACAACAUGAUACUGAGACGACUGCCUGCACGUUUGUGUGUUGGGUGUAUGUGUGGAUUUUUCUGGCUUCUGUGCCAAAAGAUGUUUCAUCAGAGCAGUUUGUAUGUUGGUUUUUAUGUCUGUUAGUACCCGAUUACAGACACUAUGUUGUCAGUCAUGGUGGUCAGAGGCAGAAGAUCUUUUAAAAAAAAGAAAAAAAAAAAAAAAAAGCAUCAUGCUUUUAUUCUGAAAGCUUCUCUGUGGAUUAAAUCGCUGGUACACACACACACACACACACACACACACACACACACACACACACACACGCACACA